AUGGCCACAUUCAUUGAGGAGAUAAAGCGGGAUGGUUUACUGUACAUGUUUUGCAACUUUGAUGUUGUGAGCUUGACUCUAGCUCCAGGAGCUGGCCUUGCAGGCAUAACGGUAGGAGGAAACUGGUUCAUUGUUGGUGGUGGAACGGUGAGUUCAGGGGUCUCUAAGACUUUGCUUCUUAACAUGUCCACAUUUAUAUGGUCAGUUGUCACUACUGUCCAAGGACGUGUACACCUUGCUAGUGAGGUGAGUUUCAUUUCGUUUAUCUUUUCCCAAUUCUCUGGGAUUGUUGUUUCUUUUGGAGGAUACAAUGGGCAUUACAGCAAUGUGGUCUAUGUUCUCAAACCGAGCUGCAAAUCAAAUGCACAGACCAAGAUCGUGGAUGGACCUGAUAGUAUAACCACAAGUAGGGCUGUGGGACCUAAGAUUGAAACAGCUCAAGACGGAAAAAUGAGGGAAAUCAUGGGGGACGAUGUUGAUUCACAGCCUGCGAAUGUCAGAAAUGUGGAAACAAGUGAGCAACUUGUGUCAGCCCUCAAAGUGGAGAAUGAACAAUUGAGAGCAACAAUUACCAGGGAACAAUUAGAGAUGGCCCAUCUUGAGCAAGAGCUAAAUGAUGCAGAGUCGCGAAAUGCAAACCUUACAAAGGACCUUCAAUCUGUCCAUGGUCAGCUUGCUGCUGAACAGUCAAGAUGCUUCAAACUUGAGGUUGAUGUUGCAGAAGUAGGACAGAAACCACAGACCAUGGAUACCGUACCAAAGGAGCAUGAGCUGCAUCAGCGGCAGAAGGCUGCUGCUGAUUAAACAGCGUUGAAUGCCAAAAGGCCGCAAGGUUCUGAUGGUGUGUGUGGUUGGCUUGUCUACACUCAACCUGCUGCAAGCGGCGCCCAGUGA